AUGGAGUUGGAUCUAAUGCUGAGGUUAUUACUAAUAGGCGCACUAGUCUCUGGCAUAUGGACCAAAAAUAAGCCAGGCUCCAUGAGUUCAGAGUGCUUGGGGAACUUCUUGCGCAUAACACUGAGUGCAGAAUAUUUUGAGGACAAAUACUUGUCUUUUUCUGUUGUUGAUCAGUUUGGCAUAGCCUGGGAGAUAGAUGAGGACAUGGCAUCACAGUGUGGCUAUACAGUAACUUACAGCUAUUGGGGUAAUACUGAAUUUCGUGCCUCUGCACUAAGCUGCCAUUCUGAGUUAGAGAAAGAUGUUUUCACGGUAACUGUACAAAUCAAAGCAUCUCAAACUCCUGACAUGAAAAAUGCUGCAACACACCUGAAAAGUGCAAGUUGCCAUUAUGGCCCAUGGAGUCCUAGAGAGUUAGUAUGUGAAAAAAACUACAUGGAGGUUUCUGUCAGGAGGGAGGUUCCACAAAUAGCACAAGAUUUCAUUCAAGAUGAACCUGAGGACUGGGCUCUUGCCUUCCCAGAGGCAAAAGCAGGAGAAUCCUCAAUAUGGCAAAUAGUUUUUCAUCAACCAGAAGAAAAAAAGGCCCUGCUGGUGACUGAUGCUUGGAAUGCUGGCUACGGACUCAACACCACAGGCACCAGGAUACUGCUGCGAAUACCAUACAGUGCUGCACAAAUUCAGCUGUUCAAGGCUCAGGGAAUUACCUUUUCUGCAGUGAGAUCAAGUACAUUUUACAAACAGCGAUGGAUGAUCCUGGUGGUGGACACUGCUGUAGCAUGUCCUGUAGAUGGUGUGGACUACACUAACAAAACAAUCACCUGGACUGUUCCAAAAUACAUUCAACCCCUCUCUACUGGAGCAACUAGCUUUAAGGAUGUGCUUGUUGAAGCUGGUGUGGAUCUACGCAAACUCUCUGCGAAGGAAAUGGUUUCCAGGAAAUACUCAUUAUCUAAUGACUUAGACACAAUUACAAUCAAGAUACCAAUAGGUGCAGAAGGUGGCUAUUACAAGACUUCUGUGAGCAGUGGACAGCAUGGGGCAAAAUACAGUAUCAACCUGUUUUUGGAACAUCAGUGGGAAGAUAACAAAUGGGGACUAACCAAACAUACUAUCGUCAAGGAAAUGGAAACACCAUUUGAACAUGUGGAACUCACUGUAACCAACAACACAAAUCUGAGUGCAAGACUAAUGAAUGUGACUGUGGGAAUGUUCCUUCCUGAUGUGGAGCUUGUGAACUUAACCUUUGAGGGGGCAACUGUAACGGUACUAGAAGCUAUUCGGCAUGGAUAUCUAACACAUGAAAAUACAUAUGCUAAUGGAAGCAAAACUUAUGCAAUAGAAGUCCCAUUUGAUGCAGCAAGCAUUAAGAAAGAGUACACAAGAGAAGACAUUAGAACAUACACCCUGAAUGUCACCCUUGAGUUCAUAAUCUAUCCAACAAGUGAGACUUUUGCCAUCCCAGUCAUAACAGUGUCUGCCAUUGAAGACGCAGUACUGCCUAGUGCAAGAGGAUUUUGUGAUGAGAGGAAUCUCUAUCUAAUAAUCACUCGUGGGAAUGUGGACCAAAACUGGCUGCCCUUCAUCUCCAACCAGCACCUGACGCUAGAGGCUGCGCGAAAGUACAGCUAUAGCCUGAGUGACAAUGGCACUCACUUGGCAAUCUGUGUCCCUUUCCUUUCUCCCCAUGUGGACUAUGAAGAUAUUCAUCCCUCUGGAAUAAUGGCUUCACUCCACUUAACCUUGAAGGAUGGCAUCACCCUGGCUAACAGGAGAAACUUCUCAAUUUCCUGCAGAUUUUCACCUUCAGAGCUAAUGCAGUGCCUGCCCAAUGGAACCGUGGUUAUUACUGCAGUGAAAUUUGUAGGGAUUGCAGAUGUGGACACCAGUCUGUUUGUCUUGAGAGACAGACAGUGCAAACCCAUUCUAGUGACAGAGAAGACUGCAGCCUUCAAGUUCAAUGUAAACACUUGUGGAACAAGUAGAAAGUUCAACAGCACAACCAUGACAUAUGAAAAUGAUGUACUCUAUUUCAGAUCUGGCAAUGAUACGCCAGUAUACCAAUUAAAGUGUGUAUGCUGGUACACAAUCAAGCAGACUGUUGAUGUCCAGUAUGAAUCUAAAAACAACCCAGCACCCAGUAUUAAGCCAGGAUUUGGCUCUCUUGCUCUGUCAUUGAAGCUUUUCAAAGAGAAGUCCUUUUCUGAUCCCUACAAGGAAUCAGAAUAUCCUGUGGUAAAAUACUUGAGGGAAGCACUGUAUUUUCAAGUUGAAUUGCUACAAUCUGAAGAUGUGAGACUAGAACUAAACUUAGAAGAUUGUUGGGCUACAAAUUCCCAAAGCAGUGACAGCCAUCCCCAGUGGCCUAUCCUUAUAAAUGGGUGUGAAAAUAGUGAAGAUUCUCACAGAACCAUUUUCCACCAAGUUAGCUAUAGCCCCAGAGUAAAAUUUCCUCAGCACCUUAAGAGAUUUGAAGUGAGGAUGUUCACUUUUGUUCAAGGCACAACUCUGCUACAAGAGCAGCUGUAUUUCCACUGCAGUGUGGUGAUCUGCAGCACUAUGCAACAGUCUUCAGACUCUCUUUGUCCAAGGAGAUGCAGUCCUGGGAAACACAGACUUGACCGCAGUGCAGAAGCUCAUCUGUAUGGGCAAGCAUCGUCUGGAGCAGUACUUUUUAAGAAGGAAAAGGUGACUGGAAGAGGUUAA